CAAUUUUGUUAAGAUUGAAGUGAAAGAGAGCGCUUCGACAUAAAUAUAUCCCGCUAUCCUUCUCCCCGCUCUUCGCGCCUCGCCUCCAAUUUCUUCUCUGCCAUUUCCUUUUCUCUCGCUCUCUGCGUCCUUUCUUUUCAAUUCAACCUUCUUCCUCCUUCUUCAAGCCCUCCCGCCGUAGGAUGAUCGGUCCAUUGCUCUACCCUACCGCUCGCAGAGAUGACUCUGUUGUGGAGGAUUAUCACGGCGUCCAGAUCGCCGACCCUUACCGAUGGCUUGAAGAUCCUGACGCUGAGGAAGUGAAGGAGUUCGUGCAGGAACAGGUGAAAUUGACGGAAUCGGUGCUUCAGAAGUGUGAUACUAGAGAAAAGCUCCGCGCGAAGAUCACUGAACUCUUUGAUCAUCCGCGAUAUGAACCGCCGUUUAAGCGAGGGAAUAAGUACUUCUACAAUCACAAUACUGGCCUUCAGGCGCAGAGUGUUCUCUAUGUUCAGGAUAGUUUGGAUGGAGAACCUGAGGUUUUGCUGGAUCCUAAUGCGCUAAGCGAAGACGGAACAGUCUCGUUGAGUAAUCUUUCCGUCAGCAAGGAUGCAAAAUACUUGGCGUAUGGGCUUAGUUCAAGCGGCAGUGAUUGGGUGACAAUUAAGGUCAUGCGAAUCGAUGAUAAGAAAACUGAACCGGAUACAUUGUCAUGGGUAAAGUUUUCUAGUAUUAGUUGGACAGUUGACGGCAAAGGUUUUUUCUACAGCCGCUAUCCUGCUCCCAAAGAAGUAGGAAGUUUAGAUGCUGGUACUGAGACGAAUGCAAAUCUUUAUCAUGAAUUAUACUACCAUUUCUUGGGAAGUGAUCAAUCUGAUGAUGUUUUAUGUUGGAGAGAUCAAGACCAUCCUAAAUACCUCUUUUCAGCCACUGUUACUGAUGAUGGAAAGUAUGUCCUUAUGGAAAUUGAGGAGGGCUGUGAUCCAGUCAACAAAUUUUACUAUUGUAACAUAUCGGCACUUCCUAAUGGACUUGAAGGCUUCAGGGAGAAAAAUGAGCUGCUUCCUUUUACAAAGCUUAUUGAUGACUUUGAUGCUCAGUAUCAUGCCAUUGCAAACGAUGACACAUUGUUCACCUUUAUAACAAAUAAAAAUGCUCCAAAAUAUAAACUUGUGAGAGUGGAUCUGAAUGAUCCUUCAGUUUGGACAGAAUUACUUCCAGAAUCUGAAAAGGACGUGCUAGAAUCUGCUUGUGCUGUUAAUGGCGAUCAGAUGAUAGUGAGCUACUUGAGUGAUGUUAAAUAUGUUCUGCAGAUAAGGGACUUGAAGUCAGGUUCCUUGUUGCAUCAGCUACCCAUUGAUAUUGGCUCAGUUGAUGGAAUUUCUGCUAGGCGUGAAGAUAGUCUAAUUUUCAUUGGGUUUACUAGCUUUCUUACACCUGGAAUUAUUUAUCAGUAUAAUUUGGAGUCUGGGACUCCAGAUAUGAAGAUAUUCCGUGAAAUUGUUGUUCCUGGAUUUGACCGUUCAGAAUUCCAUGUUGACCAGGUUUUUGUGCGUAGCAAGGAUGGAACAAAAAUACCAAUGUUCAUUGUGGCCCGAAAGAAUAUUGUGUUGGAUGGAUCACACCCUUGCUUGCUAUAUGGGUAUGGUGGAUUUAACAUUAACCUGACACCAUAUUUUAGUGUGAGUCGUACAGUACUUGCAAGGCAUUUAGGUGCUGUUUUCUGCAUAGCUAACAUUCGUGGUGGUGGAGAAUAUGGGGAGGAAUGGCACAAAGCAGGUUCUCUUGCAAAGAAGCAGAAUUGCUUUGACGACUUCAUUUCUUCUGCUGAAUAUCUUGUUUCUGCUGGUUAUACCCAACCCAGUAAAUUGUGCAUUGAAGGUGGAAGCAACGGAGGGCUUCUCGUUGGAGCUUGCAUCAAUCAGAGACCCGAUCUUUUUGGUUGUGCAUUGGCUCAUGUUGGUGUUAUGGACAUGCUGCGAUUCCAUAAGUUUACGAUAGGUCAUGCCUGGACUUCUGAUUAUGGUUGUUCGGACAACGAGGAAGAGUUCAAGUGGCUCAUCAAGUAUUCCCCGCUCCACAAUGUCAAGAGGCCUUGGGAACAGCAUCCUGAUCGACUUCUGCAGUACCCAUCAACCAUGCUACUAACCGCCGAUCACGAUGACCGUGUUGUGCCAUUGCAUUCAUUGAAGUUAUUGGCGACAAUGCAAUAUAUUCUGUGCACGAGCUUGGAGAAAAGCCCCCAAACCAACCCUAUAAUUGGUCGCAUCGAGUGCAAGGCGGGCCAUGGAGCCGGUCGGCCUACUCAGAAAAUGAUCGACGAAGCAUCUGAUCGUUAUGCCUUCAUGGCCAAGAUGUUGGCAGCGACGUGGAUCGAUUAGAUUUUAUAUUAGAUACAAAUCAGAGGUGGCAUUCGAGGUUCCGAGCCGUCUACAUUUUCCCGUGCUGCAACCAUUUACUCAUUGCCUCAUGAAUUUUUUAAAAAAAUUUGAGCGGCAAUAUUUGUGGCUUCCGCCAAGUCAGAAAGAAACAUAAAGAACUUCUGAUAUACGUUUCUUUUUAUGGCGAGGCUCGUAAGAAUUCUUUAUACAGGUAUUAAGAAACUUGGAAGAUUUAACGCUGGAUGAAUAAGACCUAUGCAGUGAAAAAAUGAGGGAUAAGGAUAAUAUGCUUUAUAUUUUUAUCUUCUAAAUAUAUUUACUUGAGUUACUAGUUUCAUAA